AAGCAACAGAAAGUUGCAACAGCAGGAAUUCUCCAACCGCCACGAUGAAGCUGAACAUUUCCUACCCGGCGAACGGUACUCAAAAGCUAAUUGAGAUCGACGAUGACCGUCGUCUCCGUGUUUUCAUGGACAAGAGAAUGGGCCAAGAAGUUCCCGCUGACUCUGUAGGACCCGAAUUUGCUGGCUACGUCUUCAAGAUCACUGGUGGUAAUGACAAGCAAGGUUUCCCCAUGUUCCAAGGUGUCUUGCUUCCUCACCGUGUUCGUCUUUUGCUUCGUGCUGGUCACCCUUGCUAUCGCCCUCGUCGUGAUGGUGAGCGCAAGCGUAAGUCCGUCCGUGGUUGCAUCGUCAACCAAGACUUGUCUGUCCUUGCUGUUGCCAUUGUUAAGCAAGGUGAGCAAGACAUUCCCGGCUUGACCGACGUUACUGUUCCCAAGCGUCUUGGACCUAAGCGUGCUUCUAAGAUUCGCCGUUUCUUCAACUUGAACAAGGAAGACGAUGUUCGCCAAUUCGUUAUUCGUCGUGAGGUUCAACCCAAGAAGGAAGGUAAGAAGCCUUACACCAAGGCUCCCAAGAUUCAACGUCUUGUUACCCCCAGAACCCUUCAACACAAGCGUCACCGCUUCGCUCUCAAGCGUAGACAAGCUGAGAAGAACCGUGAAGAAGCUACUGAGUUUGCUCAAAUGAUGGCCAAGCGUGUUGCUGAGCAAAAGCAAAAGAAGGAAGUUGUUAAGGCCCGUCGUGCUUCAUCCAUGAAAAAAUAAACAACCCUGCUUUUUGUAGUAUCCUUUCAACGAGUUUUCCCUUCCUUUAGAUACAUUUUGCUUUUGGUUUUUUCUUUUCUUAAAUGGCUGUAGUCUGAGGUUAGGAGACUGCUUUUGCGGUAGGUAGAGAUCGGGAGUUUGUAGCUUUUUUUGAUGAAUUCCUUAAACCAACCUUUCUAUUGGUCUUAGCAACGGGUAGCCUAUAGUGGUAUGUAUCAUACAAUGGUAAUGGUUUACAUCUAAAUAGUAGUAGAGAACAAUGUUGAGAAGGUUCAUUUUCAACUCACUUCAUACUGUGUAUGGAAUGUCA